GAUAGAUAGAUGGAGGGAGGGAGGAAGGAAAGGUGAGGAGGAAGACGGGGAGUAUCAAUGACAUCAACCAGCAGUGUCUAAAGCUACCCGACCAGAGAUGGUCCCCUGACACACGAGCGCAGAGUAGUGGUCCUGCAGGGCUUCUGAGGAGGCGAGAGGAAAGCCGAGGACUCAGGCGAUGCUUGCGUUUCCUGCCGAAAAGUAAAACCUUUUAGAGGAGCUCAGCUGUCAAAUGGGAUUGUUAUUUCUAUCGGGGGUGCUGCCAGCUGCAAGUCCAUCCACAUGAAUUUAUCCGACAAAAAUAAGACUGAGCACUCACUUUCUCCAUAAAGGUCCACUGGAUGGUCACACUGAGGAUUCCACAGAGCAGGCCAUGAUGCCUCAGCCAGGGCUGUAGAGAACACCCAGAGAGUCCCAAGCCCUGUUGAGGGAAGUUUCCCCCCAUCCCCCACCUCCAUCCCCAGUCACAGGAGGUACCAUGGUUCCCCCCAGACCCAGUGGAACCAUAGCCAAGUCCAGGGCGACUCGUCCUGGGUACGGCCUCUGCCUCUACCCCCCCUGUCUGCUGCUGCCACUGCUGCUGCUCACGUCCCUGCCCAACCUCUCUGAGGCCGUGGCGGCACCCAAGUUUACCAAGAUCCCCGGGGACCAGAUUGGGGUAUCGGGGGGCGUGGCCUCGUUCGUGUGCCAAGCGUCAGGUGACCCCAAGCCCAUGGUCAACUGGAACAAGAAGGGCAAGAAGGUCAACUCCCAACGCAUAGAGACGAUAGAGUUUGAUGAUGGAGCGGGGGCCGUGCUGAGGAUCCAGCCUCUCAGGGCCCCCCGAGAUGAGAACGUCUAUGAGUGUGUAGCCCGCAACAGUGAGGGAGAUGUGGCCACCACUGCCAAGCUGGCCAUCAUACGGGAGGACCUGUUGCCGUUUGGUUUCCCCAGCAUUGACAUGGGUCCUCAGCUGAAGGUGGUGGAGAGGACCAGGACUGCCACCAUGCUUUGUGCUGCCAGCGGCAUCCCUGACCCAGAGAUCUCCUGGUUCAAAGACUUCCUCCCUAUAGAACCCAGCUCCAGCCAGGGACGCAUUAAACAGCUGCGCUCAGGUAAGACAAUUGGGAAUGAGAGAGAGAGAGCGAGAGAGAGACAGAGAAAAACUAUACAUAGUACGGCCAACCUGUGA